AUGGCUGAAGUCCUUGGUAUCGUAGCAGGCGCCGUAGGCCUCGCUUCAGCCCUAGGCGCACGUAUCGAUGGAAUUGGCUGCAUCCAAGCCGGACGCCAUCUUGGAUCUGAUUUUCAGAACUUUCAACUACGGUUGAGAAUGCUCGAGCUGCGGCUCUCACGCUGGGGAGAAGCGACUGCAAAAGAUGCGCUUAUUCGAAUCCUCGAACUUCUCGAGGAAUCAAAUAAGUUGUCUCAAAAGUUCCGACCAUCAUGUGACCAGGCCGGAGAUCGCUCGGAACGGGAUGAGGGAAGAGAGAAGAAUGAACAUUCUUUAAGCAGAAAAAUGCGGGAGAUAUUUGCGCGGCGCAGACGAAAUAGAGCUAACCCGAUCAACAUUACGCGCUGGGUGCUGUACAGCAGAGAACAUGCGAUGCAACUUAUUAGCGAUAUCACAUCGUUGAUCGAUUUGCUGCAGCAAAUCUAUCCAAUGGCUAGAGAAGAAGUCAGACAGCUUACUUCAGCCAUUGCCGAUCAAGGGUCCACGAUGCGGCACUUGCAACAACUUGUGCAAGGCAUCGAUGAUGACAUGAAAAAGGCGAUUGAGUCUGUCCAAAGGCAGGGCCACCAGUACGGAGACGUAUCCAUGGAAGAGAAUGCGCGUAUUCAGAAUGGGCAUACCUUCACUCGGGCUUGGGAGGGGACGUCUUCUCUACCGGUAGGACCGAGCAUGGCUUUUUACUCAUAUGAGAGCAUCGGGUUCCUCAAGGGCUCGUAACGGAGAUGUAUAUGUAGAGAAAGACGACUUUUGGUCGUAGGUCUGGACGACACCACGACCAAUGCCUUUUGCUAUCGCCGUGGAAGAGUAAUGAGGAGAUUGAAAGUUCGACGAAUAGGGUGACGAUAU